AUGGAGGUGCAGCUGGGGGUCGGUCGCGUCUACCCGCGACCGGCGGGCAGGACCUUCCGCGGGGCUUUUCAGAGCUUCUUCCAGAGCGUCUGCGACGCUUUCCAGCCGCCGCGAGAGGAACCGGGCGGCGCCGGGCAGCCGCCGCCAAGCGCGCCCUGCCCGCCGAGUCCCCGAGCGCCGCCGGACUCCCCCGCCUGCCUGCCGCCCCCGCCGAGCUGCCUGCCGCCCCCCGAGCCCCGCGCCCCCGGUAAGGCGCUGCCGCCCGCCGGCCCCGCCAUGGGCUCGUCCUUCCCCUGCGCCGGAGAGCUGAGGGAGCUGCUGGGCGAGGCGGGUGCGAUUCCGAUGCUGCCGCCGCCCGAGACCGAGCCGGCGGACAAGGAAGAUCCGCUGGGCGACAGCGCCCGGCAGCUGUGCCGCGCCGUGUCCGCCUCCAUGGGGCUGGCGCUGGAGGCGCUGGAGACUCCGGCCGAGCAGCUGCCCCGCGAGGACUGCAUGUUCGCCGUGCCCGCCGGGCCGCCCCGCGCCCCGCGCCCGCCUGCCCGCGACCCCUCUCCCGUCUUCGAGGCCGCCCUGGCCGCAGAGCCGCCCGCCGGGCCGGGGCUGCCCCGCGGCUUCGGCCGCGUCAAGCUGGAGAGCGCGGCGGGGCCGGCUCCGGGAGGCGGCUGGGGCGGCCCGUGUCGCUUCGGGGCCGAGCUGGUCCCGCCGGGCCCCGCGCCCCCCUGGCCCACCUUCUUCGCCGAGGAGGGACAGCUCUACGGGCCGUGCCCCGAGCCGCCCGCCGGGCCCGCCGACUGCCCUGCCGAUGCCUGGUACCCACCGGGCCGGGCGCCUUUCGCCGCCCCCGCCCCCGGCAUCAAGAGCGAGCUGGAGCCCUGGGUCGAGGGCUACGCCGGCGCUUACGGCGAUCUCCGGUUGGAGCCGGGCCGUGACCAUGUCCUGCCCAUUGAUUAUUACUUCCCACCUCAGAAGACCUGUCUGAUCUGUGGAGAUGAAGCAUCUGGGUGCCACUACGGAGCCCUGACAUGUGGGAGCUGCAAAGUGUUCUUCAAACGGGCAGCUGAAGGUAAACAGAAGUACCUCUGUGCCAGCCGCAACGACUGCACCAUCGACAAGUUCCGGCGGAAAAACUGCCCCUCGUGCCGCCUGCGCAAGUGCUACGAGGCCGGGAUGACGCUCGGAGCCCGCAAGCUGAAGAAACUGGGUAACCUGAAGGCCCAGGAUGACAUGGAUGGAGCCAGCUCGUCCAGCCCAACAGAGGAGCAAGCUCCCAAGCUGGUGAUGACACGAAUUGAUGGCUACGAGUGCCAGCCCAUCUUCCUCAAUGUCCUGGAGGCCAUCGAGCCUGGGGUGGUGUGUGCUGGCCAUGACAACAGCCAGCCUGACUCCUUCUCCAACCUGCUGACCAGCCUGAACGAGCUUGGGGAGAGGCAGCUGGUCUACGUGGUCAAAUGGGCAAAAGCUCUGCCAGGAUUUCGCAACCUGCAUGUGGAUGACCAGAUGUCAAUAAUCCAAUACUCUUGGAUGGGCCUGAUGGUGUUUGCUAUGGGGUGGAGAUCCUUCACCAACGUCAAUUCCAGGAUGCUUUACUUCGCUCCAGACCUGGUCUUCAAUGAGUACCGCAUGCACAAAUCCAGGAUGUACAGCCAGUGCAUCAGGAUGCGGCACCUCUCCCAGGAAUUUGGGUGGCUUCAGAUCACACCCCAGGAGUUCCUCUGUAUGAAGGCUCUCCUCUUCUUCAGUAUUAUUCCAGUGGAUGGCCUGAAGAACCAGAAGCUCUUUGAUGAGCUCCGCAUGAAUUACAUCAAGGAACUUGACCGUAUCAUUGCCUGCAAGAGGAAGAACCCCACCUCCUGCUCCCGGAGGUUUUACCAGCUCACCAAGGUCCUGGAUUCCGUGCAUCCGAUUGCCAAGGACCUGCAUCAGUUUACAUUUGAUCUCCUAAUCAAGGCACACAUGGUGAGCGUGGACUACCCAGAAAUGAUGGCCGAGAUCAUCUCUGUGCAGGUUCCCAAGAUCCUGUCUGGAAAAGUCAAGCCUAUCUACUUCCACGCACAGUGA